AUGAAAAAAUUGGAUGAUAAAAAGAAAAAGUAUCAGAGAAAAGAAGAAACAUAUCAGAAAAUUAUUUCUAAUUUACAAAAAGAAUUAGAAAAUAGAAAUUCUACUAUUAUAGAAUUAAUCGAGUGUUAUGUUUAUUUUAACACACAUUUUGGCAAAUUAUUUGAGAUUUGUCAAAGUUUAUAUGAACAAGAUGUUUUAAACAAAAUUAAUGAAUCGGUUAGUACUGAUUUAGAAGUUUAUCAACAAGAAAAAGAAAUUCAACAAGAAAAAGUUAUUUGUCAACAACGAGAAGAAGAAGUUCAAUAA